AUGUCUGAAUCCCAAACCGUGUCCUGGAGGAAUGCCGACUAUUUCGAUGACGUCAUUGCUGCAGAUUUGAAAAUGGCUGUGAAUGAUUUCAAAAUUGCUGGCCUACACAUUUCGACGGCAGUUCCAAAAUCAGCAGGAUUUGUGUCGGUCGUUCACAGAGUCUUACUGCAGGUAAAGUUCGGCGGCCUAAAUUCUGGAAAGCAGGUGAGUUACAUCAUCAAAGAGAAAUCCGAUCCGGGUGAAGGUGGCGAGGUGGUGGCAGAGAAAAUCAGCACGUAUUUGAAGGAAACCGAGUUUUAUAGCACGAUUCUACCUGUAUUUGAGAAAUUUUGGGAAAAUGAGAGCCUGAAAUUUGGACCAAGGAUGCUCAAAACCACCACAGCGCCAUUCAAGAUAAUCGUUAUGGAAGAUCUAAAAUCGUCUGGAUUCCAGGCAAAAAAAUGUGACGUUGGGCUUUUGCUGCCUGAUUGCGAGAAAGUAUUGGAAAAGUUGGCUAAAUUUCAUGCUGCCUCUGUUUUGUACUAUGAAAGAAAGGGGUCUUACUCGGAACAAUUUAAGACCGGCCCAUUGAGUGAAAGAUUGACGAAACCGUUUGAAAUCUACUACACACCGCUUUUUGACUCAUUUCUUCAAAUACUGGAAGAGUUGAAGUACCAUCCUAAAGUUUUGGAAUCUCUUCAACCACUGAAGGGGAGAGUUUUUGCAACCACUUGCAAUCUGUUUAGAUUUGACCCAUUGAAGUUCAACGUUUUGAACCAUGGUGACCUUCGGAUAGCCAGCAUUCACAUCAGAGAGUACGAUAAACUAUUUCUCAACUACCAGACUUCGUUUUACGGAACGCCCUCGUUCGACCUGCUUUACUUCCUGACCAUGUCAGCUUCAUUCAGUACUCGAAUAGACAAGUUUGAUCAUCUGAUCGACCACUACUACAUGCAUCUGAAGGCAGCAUUGCAAAAACUAGGGACGAAGACAGGCAUACCGACCCAGCGGCAGCUACGGGAUGACAUCACGGCUCACGGAUUCCUGAUGUGCCUCAAAUCGAUUGAAACGUUGGCCAUAUCACUGAGGAUGCCCAAGCUGGAGAUAGAUAUGAAAUUGCUACGUUCCACCGGGCCGGAUGGGAACGAAUUCCGGCGGAAUCUUUAUGCGAAUGUGCAGUUUGAGAAAACGUUGGAAAGGUUUGUAAUGUUCAUGUGGAAAAAAGAUUUUUUGUCAGUUUCAUGA